UUGUAAAAGUAAACUUGCAAAUUGAAAUAAUUGUGUUUUUGUUUGUGUUUUCUUUCCUCUUAAAGAAACUAGUGUGCCAUCUGUUUUCCUCAUCUAAACAAAAAAAGAAAUGGAGAAAAUGGAAAUCAUUGCCCAGCUGGGAUGUUCAACUGCUGAAUACUAUGAUAAGCUUUUGAAAAAUAUCAUUUCAUCAUUAAUUUUUUGGAUUAAGAGAAGCUGGUCAGAUGAAAACAAAAAAGAUGUUUCGGAUGAGCAUAUACACACCAUCUCUGUGACUUGCUUAUGUGUUCUUACAUUGCCUGAAGUAGCCCCAUUGCUUGAAGAACUACUUCUUUGUCAUUGGUCUGGGCCAAAAGAGGUGCUUGACAACUACUUCUUGGAAGCUUUAAAUAAUGCCAUGUUGAGGAAGAAGAUUGUGCUAAGUGAAUCAGCAGUACUUAGCCUGUGGCUUCGUCAUUUACCGAGCCUUGAAAAAGCCGUGCUGGAUCUAUUUCAAACAUUAAUUGCCCUCCAAAGCAAAUCAGUGAAAGAAAUGGAACAGAUUAUAACGGAUUCAUUCUUGUUACGAGCUGCUUGUCACCCAUCUAUUUUUAGAGUUACAGAUGAUAUCCUCAGGAAUGCACUACUUGAAAGUGAUGGAAAUGUUAAAGCGAGUACUAUUAUAAGGUUAUUCACGCACUCUUUUAUGAAAGAAUAUGACAAGGAUAAUCUACAGCCAAAGCUUCCACUAAGGGCUUAUUUUCCCAGUGAAAGUCCUGCGCUGGUGUUGGCAUUAUCAAGAAAGUAUCAAGGAUUAUCGUCUGAUGCCUGCAUUCAACACUUGUGUACUGUCGUUAAAACUCUCAGAAGUAUGAACAGGGAAGAGAGGACUGCUGACUGUGUCUUUAAAUCCUGGUAUCUACUAAUCCACUUUGGCGAAUGGGUAGACAUUGCAGCAGAGCAGCUGUUGACAUCAGACUUGGAAGUUUCAGAUGACCUGCUGUGGCUUUUGGCAUUUUACUACAAUCCAUGC